UCGUCAACAAACCCAAAAAUUCCAGGAGUGACGAGGAGACUCCAUUUUCCCCAAGCUGUUGGCCUGGCGGAAAGCUAGCUGCAGCGCUAGGCUAACUUUCCCUGCAGAGGGAAGGAGAACCCGAGCAAGCUUAGCUGCUUGCGAUAUAAUUGUCUCACUGACGAUACUUUCGUUGACUACAAACGACUCCCAGCAUGCUGAUGGUGGGAGGCAAUGGACGGAUGCACUAGAAUGAGUGUGAAGGAGCUGUGUGAGACAGAUGACUUGGCCACUGGUUUGGUGCUGGACCCCCUGCUGGGCUUCAGCACCCACAAAAUGAACAUCAGUCCCCCGCCAGAGAUCCGGCGCUGGGGUAACCUCAAAGAGACCCUGCUGCGCUUUCAGCGUACACAUGACUUCAACGCCACAUUCGAGGCUUUGACAGUGGGUGACCUGGCUGGUGACUUCUUCGAUGCAUUGGGAAGCCAUCGACAGGAGCUGCUGAGGCAACAUGUGUACCGCUACCUCAAUGCUUUCCUUUUGGAUAGCGGUGUCAAGAUUGAGUCCUGUGACAGGUACUCUUCAGAGACGAACGGAGCAAAGAUAACAUCAACAAGGCACUGGUUUAUUGGUGAGCGGGUGGAGGUCCUGCUGGGAUGCAUAGCCGAGCUGAGCCCCACUGACAGUGCUGUGCUGAGGACGGGAGUCAAUGACUUCAGUGUGAUGUAUUCCACACGCAAGCGCUGCGCCCAGCUCUGGCUUGGACCUGCAGCCUUCAUUAACCACGACUGCAAACCAAACUGCAAGUUUCUCCCUGGUGAAAAGAACAUUGCGUGUGUUGAAGUGAUUCGACCCAUCUCACCUGGGGAGGAGAUCACGUGUUACUAUGGCGCCAGCUUUUUUGGGGAAGGCAAUGAAAUGUGUGAAUGCUGCACCUGUGAGAGGAAUGGAGAGGGUCACUUCAAACACAAAGGGAAGCAGCCUGAAUGUGAAGAAACAAAGGACCCCGUGGGCCAGAAGUACCGCCUAAGGGAGAGGUAUCUUCGUCAUCACAGAGAGAAGGGGCACUUUCCUACAAGGCCGACAAUACCAGGACAUCACUCAGGUAUCUUUAAAGCCAUCCCCUCCAGGAAUUCGUUUACCCAGCAGAUGAGAAGAAAUGCCUUGAAGAACCGAAAGUUUAGUCAAACCAAUAAGUGGAGACGAGAGCAGCACAGACUAUCAGGAAAGCAUCCAUUGAAAUCCCCCACAGCCAAACAGAUUCCACUUUUGUCCCAAGUUACUCUGAAGGACCUGAGAGUCAGAGUGCGGCGCCACUCAGUGGAUUUCUUACUCAGCUGUAAGGAUCCGACAAGCAAAGAGAGAGCCUUGCUUGAGCAACUGGAGGAAGUGAAGCCAGGUAACAGCAGUGAGGUAAACUUGAAGCCUUUCACUCUUAAUUCAUCCAUGUCAGCCCAUCAGAAAAGUAAAGGAGCAGUAAAUGGCUCAGACCUUAAUGGGAAGUCUGUCACAGUAGUGGAAAAGCAGGCAGUUCACCAGAGGACCUCUUCAAGAACAAGAAGCAUGGUUCAGUCCACACCAACACAUCAAACAGGGUGCAGUAACACAGGCGACACUACGACUGUUUGUCAGCCUGAAGGAAUCAACAAAACCCGCAGUGCAAUAAAACAAAAGACGGAAAAAGCAAUCACAGAGACUAAAAGCAAAAAGAGCAGCAGCACAGAGUCCUGCUUUACCGGCGCUGUUGCUGAACAAACACAGCGCAGGUCCACAAGAGCACCAUCCCUGUCAGAAGUUUGUCACAGUGCUGCAGACAGAUUGAAGAAAGCUGGAGACAAUCCACUAUUAUCACUGAAGCAAUACCUAACAGUCAGCAUAACAAGGUUAUCAUUGCCACAGAGUUUAGACGCACAUAACAGUUUGGAAGACAGGAAAGACGGAGUGGAGUUAAGAGGAAGGAGCAGCCAGCGUCCUAGACCAGCGCCGCUGUCAGUGCAGUCUAGGGGUAAAAUGGCUCGAUCUCUGCAGAGGCUACAAGGAUGUUCUGGGAUUAGUACAACGGAGGGCAACAGAGGGGUAAGGGAAAUGUUUUUCAAAUCUGGGGAUAAAGUUAAUUUAAGGAAGCGACAUGCAGGUGAAACUGUCGAUAAUUUAUCCAACAGCUUAAAAGAAAAGAACGAUAAGGUAAUCGAAUUAAAAACUGUGUCAGAAGUAAAAGAGGAUAUAACGAAGGAGCAGCAGGACAUGGUAAAAAGAAAAGUUGAGGGACAGAAAGAGACCAUGAAAAACGAUGAAUCCACAGAAAGUUUCCAGCCUCAGGAAGAAGUCAAAGAGUCUGAAUGCAAAUCAGUGCCAUGCAAAAAAACAAGAGGACAAAAUAACAUACAGUGUGUUAGAAUUAAAGCGGAGGAUGGACUUGUUAAUCCACCUGAAGAAAUGGCCAGGUGUGUGCCAGUGUGUAGGCAUAAAGAAGAUGUAGUCAUAAAGCAGGCAAAGGUUCUGCUAUCUGAUAUUCUAAGACACGAUAAGUGCUUCAUAGAUAAGAGAUUACAUGGAGAUAUUGUAGAGAGGGUGUUUUCUACCUCAGCCUGUAAAGAAACACUCAUUUCUGAGGAAGAUGAAGAGACUGACAUUAAUGGAGGCAGGUGCCAGUCUGGAGUGCAGAGGAAGAUCAGGAGACGACGAAGGAUGAGGCCUAGAGCAGUGAAAACAAAAGCAGAAAGAAAAGACACCAAGGGGCACCUGAGCAAAGAGGAUUCAGCCACAGUAAAGACUGAGUUUAGUGAGGAAAUGUUGUCCCUUCACCCACCACAGAGGCAUAAAAACCCACCGGUUGCCUGCCUAAACGCACUACCUCAGAAGUCGCUAAUGUCAGCAAAAGCCACAAUUAAUCUGCACCCAGACGCCAACCCACAGGCACACAUACAGUUCAACAUACCUCUGAAAAAACGUACCUUUCGUAGUUCUGUGGAAAUAGGCUCUGAUCAUGGUUUGAAUUGUACUUCAGGUCAAGCUCCUGAAGAAGCCACAUAUUCAACUAAAGAGGUGAGUCAGACUGUAACCACAUGUUCAGAGGACAGAAUCAAAACAAAGAGAAUUUGUAAACGGGGAAUAAGGAAAACAGAAGUCCAGAAGUUAACCUCUAAAAAGAUAACAACCUUUAACCGAGUGCUUCGCUCUCGAGCAAAUGAAGUUCAGCGAAGCCAAUUUGUGAGGAAAGCAAAAAAAUCUAAAUUAAAGAGGCAAGAUGAGGUUGAGUUUGACAAGGCUCAGACACGAGGGAGUGAAAAGCUUGCAAAAGGCAAACAAGCCGAGGAUCCUGCUAAAAAUGUAAUGCAGUGUGGUAAAACUCCAAAUAAUUCCCAAAAGGAAGAUGAGGCGGUGAAGUUGUUUCAUCAAAGUGGUUUGGAAGAGACAAAGCCGGGCCUCAAUUUUAAGAUUCGUUUUAAGAGGAGGAAAGGAAGAGUAUGGGAAAUGCAAGAAGCAGGACUUGAAAAUAUGGCGUUGAAAACAGAAAAAGGGGACGAGUUGGUGACAUGUGAUCCCUUUAAAGCCAUCAUGGAUUCUGUUUCAACUUUAAACAUGGAGAUGGAGGCAGCUCAGGCUCAUGUGCAGGCUAGCAAGAAGUCAAAGAGCAGAUUGCAUCGUUUGAAAAGAAGAGGUGAGAGGAUGAGUGAAAGGAAAACAUCGACUGCCUCCUCAGACGCAAAAACAGAUACAAUUCUUGAUGAUAAUGGGCUGAGUGAAAUACCUAAUGACAAAGUAAUAACUAAAGAGAUACUUGAGAAGGAACUUCCAAAUGGAGUCAAGCUUCUGCCAGAAAAAAUCGAGAGUCCUAAAAGUAUGCUGUCAGCUGUAGGGCACGCAACAAAAAUUGAAGAUUGUUAUGAAAGGAGUUGCUGUAUGUUUGAAACUGAGACACAACAAAGAGUGCAGCCUGAAUUGGACUUAAAUGGUCUUCCAUUACCAGUGCUUAAACUACGCAGAAAGGCAGAGGAUAUUUGGGAGGUGGAUAGCAAAGAAGAGCUCAAACAAACUGAACUUAAAGAAGAGCCCAAUGUGAAGAGAGAAACGACAGGUGUUAUUUUAGAGAAACAGAAGAAAGGAUGUCCUGAUCUUGGCAAACUCAAAGAAGAGUGCCCGUCUUUGCAGCGAGUCAACACCAACUCGGCACUUCUAAAAACAGAACCCCCGCCGUUUUCCUUAUCGCUUUCACCCUUGUCUCUGUCUUCCCCCCUUAAUGACAAUAAAACUGAAGUUAAAUCCUCGGUUUCAAAUACAGUCAUUGACAGGUCAGAGAUGAACAGCGGAGGAAGGAAACAAAGGUACAAAAUGGAAAGAGUGCACAAGUGUGGGCCUGUAGAAACAUCCACCCCCUGUCUUAGUCACACUCUCCAACAAAUUGACAACAGUCUCUCUCGACUCUCUGAGGGCUUGUGUUCAUCUCAGACUUUGGAAAAGCCAGCAGCCUGUUCCAACGCUUCUAAUUCAGUCAUCCAGCCCCCGUCCCAGUCGCCUCCAUUCACAACUGCAGAUACUAUGCUUUCCAAUGAGUCCAGCUUCACAAACUGCUGUGAUGAUAUUCUAGACUUUCAGUGUCUGAACUUUGAGGGUUAUUAUCAACCUCAGAAUAUACUUCCAUCCUCCCCAUCUGAUCUGUGUUCACUGGAUCCACCAACAGAUCCUUUCAGCAGUCCCCUUUCGCACAGCCCGUCUGAUACAUGGACCACUGAAACGCCAUAUCUCGGCCCUCCCAGUCCAGGAAAUAACUUCACCAGUGAGGAUUUGCAGUUUUUUCCAGGUCUAAUUUCUUCCAAGGGUGACUCUGUUCCUCUGGAAUGUGAAGUGAAGGAUACCUCCAAAGACAGAAUCCAACCCAACCCUAGUUUCAGCUUUUCAGCUCUUGGCAAUACUGACUUGACUGCUAAGGACCGAAUUAUAAGUAGAAAUACAGGAAUGAGGCCAGCCAGAGAAGACUUCCGAAACCAGUCAUUUUCUGUAGUCAACAAGCAAAGAUUGCUUGGCACAAUGUCAUCUUCUCUUACAUCCCAAAGUCCUGUUACAAUAACCCAACCUUCCAUGAAUGUCAAAGCAAGCACCAGUCAAUCUAAAGCCCAGUCUAACCUUAGAACCCAGGGUCCCUUCCAUCGUAUGUCCAUUCCAAGUAAACCCCAGUCUUUUUCAAGCAGUCAGCCAAACACAGUGAGAGGAGCGCCCCAAGGUUGUCCGACUAAAUCCGUCCCAUCAUCUCAAAUGUCUAACAAAUUCCCCUCCCCGCAACUCUUCACUGUGAAAACUCCCAACCCUCCUGACAAUCCAUUUAAGUAUCACGAGAAAACCUCUACUGUUAUCCACAGGGUGCUUAAGUAUCAGGGAGGGGACCAGAGUCAGAACUUGUACAGUGCACCUUGUAAAGACACCAUGGCGGCUGCUGGCAGUCCUAAUGUCACAUCCAGAACAUUCAGUGCAAAACCAGCUGCUUUUGACAGGACCAACCAGAGUAACAAACUAGGUGUUGGUACAGAUAGUUACCAUAAAGGCAACGUUUCUGUUCAAGGGUUUGGGAAGGGUGUCCCCCAACCUGGGCCCUCAAGCAACCUCAGCAGGUCCAACCAUCAUUUCAACAAACCCCACUCCUCUUUUCCUCAGUCUUUUAGCAAAAGUAAGAUUUCAUCUGAAAAGCAUCAAAGUGUUGAGACCAACAUGACAUACAAAAACCUUUCAGCGCUGCCAAGACCCUUCUUCUUUCCCAGCAAAAUGCCUGAGAGUUACUCGUCAACACAUGACAAGAGUCUAAAACAGGAUAAGCCUACUAUGUCGACCUCAGAGAAGCACCAGCAUUGUUACACCCAGCAAGACCCUUUUGAUUUUAGCUUUGGCUCGUCUCUUUCGCCCAUGUCUCAGCACAACAGCCCCCAAGUGGUCCACAGUACACCUCCUGGUACACCAGCACCAGCAAACAAGAGUCAGUCCUCAACCUCCUCAGCUUCCUUCCCUUACGGCUACCAAGGUCCUCCUUACGUACUUAACUUCAGUGGAGAUCAUUCAUUGACGCUAGGUCUCAGGGAUGGGGCUGAGGGUUACCCAGGAUUAGGAUCGACAAACUACACCUACCACUGCCUGAUGGAACCCUCAGGCACCCAAGGACGGCUGGUUCUUGAACCCUGCGGACCACAGCUGUCGAACCCAGCCUCUUUCUCUUUGGGUGGCUUUUCUGGGCACAAGGUUCAGGACGAACAUUGCAGGAAGGACAUGCAGCAGCAGUGCCAACCUGGGGAACAUCAAGGUGCAACACACUAUGGACCUGUUUCAUCGUCUCACUCAAUGGGUUCAAAUAAACCCAAGAGAGUGAGGUUAGUGGUGACAGACGGCACAGUAGACUUAGAUCUCCAAUACUCUGACUAAAUUAUAACCACCAGAGGUUGACUGGAGAAUAUUUUGAUGUUGUUUUGAUCAAGGGUGGUUAAACAUGUUUUGUAAAAACUGUAAUUCAUAGUCUACCACUUCUUAAUGAAAGCCCGCUGACUGACAUUUUUCUAAACCAUUAAUUUGGUGGACUGUUAAUGACUUGUACAAGUUUUUAGAAAAGCAGGCACACCAGCUUGUUUGACCUACUGUAUGAUUUUUUUUUAAAGAGGUAUUCACUUCAAUUAACUGAAAAUACCAAAUUACAAAUGUCAAAAGAAAACAAAGCAUUAAUAUAUUUGUGACAGGGAGUUUGAACUUAAAGGCUCCGUAAACAUUGAAAACCCUUACUGUACUGUAAUGUAACUAUGAACUUUUCUAUACCAUGUAUGGCAGUAGAGACGGGAGCACCCUCAUUGGUUGCUGGUACUUGUAUGAGUUGGAUUAAAAAAGGCAGCUUUGUGCCUCAGUCUUUGAUAUUCUCUUGUGACUUUUUAAAGCAUCUGUUGUAACUGUUCACUCCUGUUUUUAUACUCACAAUAAGCUUUUUUCUCACCUUUUUGUGUUCAAGUCGAGUGUAUGCAUGCAUUUGGCAGGCAGAUUUUGAGGGAUCAAAGUGAGGUGUGUUUUCGUACCUGCUCGUCGCUGUCGUGACAUCCUGCCCUGCCAAAUUUUUAUUAAGGUCAUUAGACUGUAGUGCAUCAUUGGAAGGUUUGUGCAUGAACAGUGUACAGUCAGAUGAUUCCUCAACCUGAAACACAAUAUAUUUAAGGACAACUCUUCUGAAUGAAGACAUGAAAUAUGUUCUUGCAAUUUUUCACAGUUCCUCUAUUGACAGGGGGGGGAGUUGGAGUAACUGCAAUAUGUUUUUUGGCCAGUUGUGCUUAAUGAAUUGAGGGAUGGUACAACAUGAAAUCUUUGUAUGGGAGUUCUUCCAACUGUUAGUUUAAGAAAAAUAUUUAAACAUUGUUACAUUUAGUAGAGUGACAAUCUUCUCACAGUGACUCACUUUUGUAAUCCAUUUGGUUUUGUGUUUCAAAUAUUUUAAAGAUUAUUAUACAGAAAGAACAGAAUGAUAAGUUCAAAAUGAUAGCUACUGUUUAUUAUGUUGUUGCUAAAGGAGGUUCAUGUUUAUACAUGUUUAUAUUGUAAGCAGAGUUAUUUGCUGUUGAUUGUGGAAGUCAUGUGAGCAUUCCCUUCAUGUCACGAUGUACUGUAUGUUAAACCCAUUUUUCAUAACUGGGCAGGAGUGAUCAGUGUGACUGCACUGCCUUACAUCACUAUCAUUACAAUAUACUGUCUUGAUAUGAAAGGUCAAUUAUUUAUUUUAAUAUCCUCAUCCUUGAAAUGGUGCUUUAUUGUAAUUUAUAUUUCACAUUGAUUGUUCAAACAAUGAAAAGUUUUUUUUUAUUAUUAUUUAAUGGGGAAAAGUAUUGAAGUGAAUAUUUACAUUGAGUAUUUAAUUUCAAAGCCUUUGACAUAUUAUUCAGUUUUUCAGUUGUUACACAGGUUCAACUUUCUCUGUCCUUUUUCUAAUUGGCAGUUAGUCUUACUGAACAUCUGCUGUAGAAAUGUACAAAUGUAGCCUAUAUCAUUAAAGACAUUUAAUUCUUUUUUA